AUGGAAGGGGAUACACCGGCCGCCGUCCUCAUUGUCGGGUCUGGCGUCUUUGGCCUGAGCACUGCCUGGGCUCUCGUGAACAGGCCGCGGUUUGCCAAAAGCUCGAUAACGGUUGUUGACGAUGCCAGCAGCGGCCAGUUCCCGCCAGAUGACUGUGCUAGCGUCGAUUCGUCCAGAAUCAUCCGGGCGGACUAUGCCGACCCGCACUACACGGCGCUUGCGGCCGAGGCGCAGAAGGAAUGGAGGAAGCAAGGUGAGGAUGAUCUCGGCGGCCAAGGCCGGUACACGGAGUCAGGCUUCGUCCUGACGGCCUACAAUCCAAAGGAGCCGCCGAAAGUCGGAGCAAAGUCGGGCAUGGAGUACACGAAGCAGAGCUGGAAGAACUGCGUCGAGGCCGCCAAGAGGGAUGGGCAGCCAGCAAGCAAAAUCAGGACGCUGGAGGACCCCAAGGCCCUGAACGAUUGCCUGGGAACGGAUGCGCAUCCCGGAGACUGGGGUUAUUUGAACGCCCUGUCUGGGUGGGCAGAUGCUGGCAGAGGGAUGAAGUGGCUCUUCGAGCGCGUCAAGGCGACGGGCCGAGUCGGUUUCGUGAGCGGCAAAGUCGAGCAGCUGGCCACGGCGGGCGACAGGGUCACCGGCGCGCGGUUGAAGGACGGCACAGUCCUGCGUGGCGACGUUGUCCUCGUAAUGGCUGGAGCAUGGACGGGCGAGCUGGUUGAUCUCAGAGGGCGGGUAGAGGCAACAGGCCACGUUCUCGGCUAUGUUGACGUCAGCAAAGAGGAGCUCGCCGUCUUGUCCAAGCAGCCUGUGGUUCUGAAUCUUUCCUCUGGCUGGUUCAUCAUACCUCCGCACAGGGGGGUUCUCAAAGUUUCGCGACACAGCUUCGGCUACUUGAACCCGGUCGAGGUUCGCAACGCCCUGCCGUUAUCGCCCUGCGAGAAUCAAAGGCCCAUCGUGGUGUCGAGGCCACUGACGACCCGGGACGGAGUAUUGGCCCGACUUCCGCACGAAGCCGACCUCGAUUUGAGACAAGCCCUAGCCAACCUCUCUCCCGUCAAGGGACUUGAGAAGAGGCCGUGGAGGGAAACCAGGAUAUGCUGGUAUUCAGACACAAAAGACGGCAACUGGCUGGUUGACUGGCACCCUAACUGGAAGGGGCUCUUCAUCGCCACCGGAGACAGCGGCCACGCGUACAAGUUCCUGCCGGUACUGGGCGAAAAGGUCCUGGAUUGCAUGUUGGGCGAGGGAGGUGUGCUUGGGCAAAAGUGGAAAUGGAAAACGGUGGAUCAAGAGUUUGCAGGGAGAGAAGUUGACGGCAAGUUCCAGGGCCUGGCCACGAUGGAUGGCAGUCGUGGUGGCUAUCCAGGAAUGAUACUGAAAGACGAGUUGGAGAGGGAACCGUCGGCAACGGCGCAGAGCCGUGACAUUCCAAAGUCCCAUCUUUAG